GUCUUGCGCGUCCCCUCUGUUUUCCCUGUUCCCUUCUCAGGCCCUACUCUUUACAGCCGCGCUACCAAAGAGAAACCUCUCUGGCACUACAUUGCGCUUAAAAUGAAAUGGGCGUAAAAUUAGACGUUGGAGAGAAAAGAAGAAAGGCAACAACCUUUUAAUUUUUUUUCUCCCGCAACCGGUAUCUCUUUUUUUCCCCUUCCUUAUCCCUCCUCCCUCCCCUUUCUUUUAUCGCUUCGCUCGACGUGUGACAGGACGUCAGCUGUUCGCCAGGUGGAAACUGGAAAUUGGCGGGAAAUCUGGAGAAACCGGCGACGCGACAUCAUGGCACCGUCGAGGUCCCGGCGGCAGGACGAAGCACGCGUCCACGAGCGAUUCCAGACACCGGGGCCGAUUUUCCCGUAAACGGCGGAUCCGUUCGGAGUCUACGAGUCCGGCCGCCUUCUCUCCCCCUUCGCGAUGACGACACGUGCCGGCCGCCUCGGCAAGGAGGAGGUGCCCGAGGGACCUGAGGGAUCCGUGGGAUUGCGUCGCUCGCCGCGGAACCUGCCGCAGCAUCUGAAGGAGAAGUUGGAGCAACGAAAACCUGAAAGAGAGCCCGACAUAAAAACUUUGCCUCCGAUUGUCUUCGAGGGACGCAUUCGGUUCGCCGAUGACUUCUUCGACUGUGCCCAGAUCUGCGACGAUCUCCUACAAGAAGUGAGGCGCAGCGAGAAGGAGAUCGUACCGAUAGGUUUCGAUCUGGAGUGGCCGUUCAACUUCCAAACUGGCAGCGGGAAGACGGCGCUGGUGCAAAUUUGCUUGGAGAACAGCGCGUGUUAUCUCCUGUACGUCUAUUCGCUCAAGAAGCUCCCGGCAGCAUUCGUCGAACUCUUGCAUCAUCCGAAAGUCAAGCUCGUCGGUGUCAAUGUUAAAAACGACGUGUGGAAGCUCGGGAGAGAUUUUAAGGAGUUUCCUGCACAGAAAGUGGUAGAGAAUAAUUGUUUGGACUGUGGGACUUACGCUAAUCAAGUCUUGAAGCGAUCCUGCCGUUGGAGUUUGGAAAAAUUGACCGCUUAUUUGUUGAAGAAGAAAAUCAACAAAGAUCCCGAGGUGCGAAUGAGCAGGUGGCAUAUACAACCUCUUAGUGACGUCCAGAAAAGUUACGCAGCCACGGAUGCUUAUGUAUCUCUUCUGCUUUACACGACAAUUCAGGAGAAGGCUGUCGCCAUAGAAAAGGAGAACCAGAACGAUGAGAACUCGUUGAAUCCUUCGAUCUAACGAAAUUCUCGCUUCUCGGUU